GCCUCGUAUCGGUACGAGUAUCAAUAUCAGCAUCAACAUCAACAUCAGCCCCAACAUUCACACAGCAUCGGCACUCGCAUCCGCAUCAGUUCCAUCUCCAGUAUCAACAUUACUAUCAUUAUCUGCAUCAAAAGCCAUAGCAACAUCAGCACCAGCAUCCGCUUUGCCAUCUGCAUCAAUCUCCUAAUUAAUACCAGUAUCAGCAUUAGCAUCAACACCGACAUCUUCAAAAGCAUGACGACAGAAUCGGCUGGACCCCCGUACAAAGAGGACCCCGCUCAGACAGCGUCGAGACCCAAGCAAAUUCCUCCAAUCACAAUGUCCUCAAGUCCAUCUUGA